AUGGAUGCAAUAGAUUUAAUUAUACCCAUCGUGAUUUUGUUAGUAACGUUAUUCUACCGCUUUAUUUAUAAAAAAACGGAAUUUUCUCUUGAAAAACUCGAGGGAAAGAAUGUGAUUAUUACCGGAGCUAGUUGGGGUAUUGGGGCGGAAGUAGCGUACCACUGUGCAUUGAACAAAGCAUCAAAAAUCAUAAUUGCAGCACGUAGAACAUCUCUUUUAGAAAAAGUUCGCGAUAAAUGUUCACAUCUCUCCAAUAAACAGUCCAGGAUCAAAGUGGUCACUUGUGACCUUGGUAUCGAGGAAGAAUGUGUUCGAUUAGUUAGAGAGUCUCUUGAUUUCUUUAAGGAUAGUAAUGAUGAUAGUAGAAUUGAUCUUUUAAUUUUGAAUCAUACACACUCAGUUUUUGAGCGUAUAAAUUUUUCCGAUCCCACAGGAGCGCUAGAAAAAACAAGAAAUCUUACAAACGUAAAUUUUAUCGGUUUCGCUGCAUUAGCACAUCAUGCGAUUCCACACAUGUCAACAUCCUCAAACUCUUCCACAAUAAUUGUAGUUACAACUCUGCUCGCAGAAAUCUCAUUAGGAAUGUCAUGGGCAUACAGCGCCACAAAAUCUGCGAUAAAUUCUUAUUUCAACUGUUUGCGAGAUCAACUCUCACAUGCUAAACUUCCGAUCCGUGUCACUAUCGUUCAUUUGGGCGCCGUAAAUACCGAACAAUGGCAAAGUAAUAUUGCUAAGUUUCCAAAAUUUUGGUUUGGAAGUUCAUCGUUUAUAGCUAAAGAUCCGGGUGAAACUGCCGAGGUUAUUUUACGGAGUGGAUUGAGGGGUGAAAAGGCGGUUUGGUUUCCAUGGUACACUAUCUUUGUGAGCAUUAUUUACGGUGUUGUACCGGAAAUAGGAAGAUUAAUCGGAAGGUUUAUUGAAGAUACAUUAUUUUCUUGA